ACAUACAGGAAGUAAUAUAUAAUUUAUCCCAAAGUCAUUGCUGCUUGGCAACCAAGUUCCGCAUUCACUUCACGUUUUCUAUCGCCACGUCGUCUACGUUUGACUCGUAGAUUGAGUUUUUCAUAAAAAAUAACAGAGGUUCCCUCUCCUGACGUUCACUCAGAUCACGAUCCGACGGGACCCGUCACAUACCCCCGAAUAAACCUCGGUACCUGAUAGUCUAUCCGGUGGUGGGCAGACAGGUAUUCCGGAGCAGGUUGCGAAUCCACUGUGCAUUCGAACAGUCGAGUGCCGGCCUCUCACCGCGCAACGUUCCGUUCCUCUCUCGAAUACGUCAACGGAACGAGCUGCAGCUCGCACUUUUCCUCGCCGUUCUCUCUCCUGAACGAAGAACGAAGGCAGAGUUCCGCAUUGACUGUCAGCAAAAUAUCGUAUCGGACACGCUGGAUCCACAGAGAGGUUCGCUAGGGUGAUGUGAGCUUUGAGUACUAGGUUUACGAAGACCACGUGGAUAUACGCGACUACUAUUUAAACGGCUGCGUGAGAAAUUUCUGCAAGAUGGACCGAUAGACAGGACGACGGUCGCGUGACAUGAGAGAACGGCUGCGAAAAUGAUGAGGAUGAGGAGCGGCAUGAACGGACAAGGAGUCGGCGACAAUGGCAAAGGAACUUUGCCAUUCCUGCUCCUCAUCGCAUUGACUCCUGUUAUCUGCUCCGCCGGAAUCCUGGACCCUUGGCAGUGGGCGCGCAGCGAUCGGAUCGAAGUCAACAUACCUUGGCUGCCUUUCGAAAACGAGACACGCUGCUACGACGAGUUGGGUUGUCUAAACAUCACCAGGAGCUGGUAUCACCUCAUUCAUCGACCUCUCAAUGUUUUCCCGUUACCGCGAGAAGUCAUUAAUACCAGAUUCAUCCUCUACACGAAUCAGAAUCCUUUGGACGGUCAAAUAUUAAAAGUGGCCAAGAAUAAAUCCAUCGAAAACUCGAACUUCAAUCCUAAGCGACAAACCAAAUUCAUUAUACAUGGCUUUAUAGACACUCCACUCAGCAACUGGGUCAAGGAAAUGAGGAGUGAGCUGUUGGUGCACGGUGAUUACAAUGUUAUCGUGGUCGACUGGGCUGGUGGGAGUCUACCUUUGUACACCCAAGCGACAGCGAACACGAGACUGGUUGGACUCGAAAUAGCUCAUCUCAUCAAGCACUUACUAACAAACUACGGCCUAGAUCCGAACGAUAUACAUUUAAUCGGGCACAGCCUCGGUGCCCACACGGCCGGUUAUGCGGGCGAGAAAUUGGGCGGCAAUAUUGGACGUAUUACCGGGUUGGACCCUGCGGAGCCAUAUUUCCAAGGAAUGCCGAGCCAUCUUCGCCUAGAUUACACGGACGCUCGACUGGUAGACGUAAUUCACACCGAUGGAAAGAGCAUAUUUUUCUUAGGCCUUCCAGGAUAUGGGAUGAGCCAGCCUUGCGGGCACUUGGAUUUCUAUCCUAAUAACGGCAAGGAACAGCCCGGGUGCACAGAUCUGAGCGAGACCACGCCAUCGCUGCCGCUUACCUUAAUACGAGAGGGCCUUGAAGAGGCUUCGCGUGUCCUAGUCGCCUGCAACCACGUGCGCGCGCUCAAGCUCUUCAUCGAGAGCAUCAACUCCAAGUGCCAGUACGUGGCGCACGAGUGUUCGAGCUAUGCGAGCUUCUUGCGAGGCGAGUGCUUCUCCUGCAAGAGCAAUAACAGCCUGAGCUGCGGCGUGAUGGGUUACCAUGCGGACAUCAGUCCUGCGCUGAUAAAACGCCAAGCCAUGGGACAAGAUGUCUCGUCCUUGUUGGGAUCCAAAUUCUUCUUUAUGACGGGCAAGGAUGAUCCGUAUUGCAGAAGACAUUAUAGAAUUACCAUCAACCUCGCCCGACCGCCGACCGCGGAGAGCUGGGUGCAGGGCUUCAUGAAAGUCACUCUCCACGCCGACAAAGGCAUGAUACGCAACAUGGAUCUCACGCCCAGCGGUUACAUGAAACUGGAGCACGGAUCGACCGCGCGGAUGGUUGUUGCUCACCCGACCGGUUCCAUCGGCAACAUCGGUAAGAUCCGUCGGAUUGAGCUCUCCUGGGUCUACGACAUGGACGUGCUGCAGCCCAGGUCCCUGUGCUUCUUCUGGUGUAAUGAUCGUCUGUACGUUAACAGCGUCAAAGUGGAUGCUAUGGAUCUUCCGGGCAGAGGAAAACGCGAAGCGGAUUUCUCCAGCAAACUCUGCUCGGUUAGCAGACAGGAGUACGCAGAGAUCGCGAGCGGAUCCACCGCCACGUUCGUCGACAAUUGCUGACGAUCCGUUCCGCGGCGGGAAAUCGCAUUUUGGGCGCGUCAUAUAAUUACAAAACGCAGCUGCUACUAUCCAGAGGCGGUUCUCGAAAGUCGGACAACGAUGAUGAUGAUGACGAUAAUGAUGAUGAAACGAAACGAGAAUCGCGGCCCCUCAUAAUCCUCGUAAUUUCUUUCGCCGGCAAUAUAGCGACGGGAGAGGCGAUUUUAUGUACUUGUGCUCUCUUUCUCUAUUUAUCGCGAUCUGCCGCUUUCUUCAAAUGCGGCCCAACGGCACGAGCUACCAAUUAACACUUCUAUGGAUGGGACGAUCUGACGCAACUCGCUGCUCUACACAUCUAUAACCGAGUUCCUGGAGAUCUGUCCCGUUGGUGAAGAUUAGAUUCUAAUAACGCGAUUGAUUGCGAAAGCAGUUCGUAGAAAGAGAAAUUCUUAGUGAAUAGACGUCUAGAUGCGAAAUCAAAGCCGCGAGCGUGCUUCUGAUAGAAAAGUUUAACUUCUCGCUAUGCUCUUUUUCUUUUUGGUAACGAUUUCUUCAGUAUUAGUAUUGAUCGAUUUACUAUGUACAUGUUGUAUAUAAUAGUAGAUGUAACGCAUUAAAAUUAAUUUCUUAUGGAUGUGAUUAUCGCUAGAGUCUUGAGUGACCACUAAUGUAAGGGCUCCUAUUAAGCCGAUCUAUGUAUUAUACAUUGAGACACUUAUUCUGUUUUAUACGAUGAUAUGAUUAUCGUAUUGUCUCUCGCAAUACAAAUAUAACGAUAGGUUGUGAUAUUUUCUUGCUUAAGAACUAUAAAAAAAA